AUGUCUCGGAGAGCACCGAGCAUACUAAUCAUAGUUUUGCUUCUAAAUGUGUGCAUCUUAGCUGUGUUUGGUUCAAUAUAUGAUAUAGAACAGGGGUUAUACCCCUUGAAUAUCUGGUGGCAGUGCCAGGGGGUACCUAAUCUUCAAACCCAGAAAGUUAAGUAUUUGGAAGAUGCUGCGAAGGCGUACUAUAUGUCCAAGCUGGCAGGUCGCGCUGUCGUCGACCGUGAGCUUGCCGACCAUGUGCCACCAGCUUCUAUUCUCUCCAAUGAACGCUACAUGAAGAUGCUUUUGGAAGUUGUCAAGGUGCCACAGGACGCAAUUGGCAGCCAACUGAUGAUGCGCCUCAACUGUGAACUAUUUAACGAUCUUGACUGGGUGAGGGAUGUCUAUGACACGGAUCUUUCUCGCAACACCAAUGGAGUGCGUGGUAUUCUCGAUGUAAUUUAUCGAUUGGGCCUCUGCGUCCGUGGAAUUGACAAACACCUCAACUGUCCAAAUGUUUGCCGCGUGAAAGGACCCAACUUCUGUAGGAAAGCGCCAUAUUCAAUUGGUGUCUGUGGCACGUACGUGCCCGAAGAGCUAAAGCUUUACUCGCCUGACAAGGAACCGGAGACCGCAGGUGACCUAUCGGAGGCCUUCAAGCGUUGGCACGCGAUGAUUCCUCGGGAGAAUCGGCUGCCACUCUCGUUUUUCAAGCACUUUGCACACAAAAACCAGCUCUUUGUCAAUGCAUACGAAGCGCAACUGGCUUCUGCCAAGGUCCCCUUCUGCAUUUGCGAGCCAUUUUACACGCAUGACCGAGUACAGGACACUUGCGUCGAAGACAUGGCAGACUUUGCCUGCGGUGGUGGGAAUCCCUGUAUGAACGGGGGCGAGUGUCAGAAGGCUCUAAACACCGGAUCAGACGAGGACGGCGACGCUGAGGAGGAGGAGGAGGAUGAUAGUGUUCAAAAGGUCUUCAUCUGCAAGUGCUUGCCAGCUUUUCGAGGGGAUCUGUGUGAGUACGAUGUCGAUCCAUGUGCUCUGGGAGUCGGCGUUAAGGCCUGCAAGCCCUACAAGUGUGUGCGCGCCCCUGAGGAUCCCUACAAUGGAUUCAGAUGUGAGUGCCCAUUGAGGACACACAAGCCAGGUGGUCCCACGGAGCCCAGCUGCGUUCCGAUUCCAGCCUGCAAAAGUGGCGACCUACGGAAUGGCCCGUGUCUCUCUGGUGGGAGGUGCGAGCAGUUGGCGACAGGAGAUCCGUUGGAUUACAAGUGUCACUGCCCACCGGGCUAUUCCGGCAAGAACUGCGAAGAUCCUCCACCAGAACCAUAUUGGUCCACUUGGAGUUCCUGGAGCAGUUGCAAGUGGCCAGCGCCUGCUGAGGCCUGCUUCAAACACGCCUAUCAGGAGUGUACCCGAGAGUGCAACGUCCAUGCACCCGGCCAGAUCUGCCAGGGACCUAGCAGACGGAUCCGGUACCGCGUAUGUGAUUUGAACUCGGAUGAUGAAGCAGUGGUUACUUCUCUGAGCGAUCGUCAAAAGCAGGAGCUCCAAACGGCAUUCUCGUUGUGCAGCCUGAGUUCAGAGGCGGCGUCUCCAAACUCGGGCGAGCCACUUGCUGAAUCCAAACUCUUCGAGCCGAUGAAGGACCCGGGUUCACUGGACGACUGGUCGAAGGUGAGUCCGGAAGAGGCUACUUACACCCUCCUGCCGAAGGCCUUUCGCCUCCUUGACUCGGCAGCUCUUCUCGCUGUCAGCUGGCCCGAACUCCCCGACUUAGCCUACUUCACCGCCUGGCUGUACGCCUUCAUACUCCUCUUAGCCUUUAUCAUUGUGUGGAUACAUCAAAUGCGAACGUGGAUCCUACGACACUACGGCAUUGAAAUCGACACGUGA